CACACACGCCCCGCCCCGCACAGAGCGCACCUGCACGCUUACGCACGCUUACGCACGCACGCACACACACACACACACACACACACAACCCGCUCCGCACAGAGCGCACCUGCACGCUUACGCACGCUUACGCACGCACGCACACACACACACACACACAACCCGUCCCGCACAGAGCGCACCUGCACGCUUACGCACGCACGCACACACUAAUGCUGCAAUCACAGUGAGUUCACAUAGGAGUGACGGAGAAUAAGAAAACAAACAUGGAGGGAGAUAAUGAUAACUCCUGAACUUAAAGCCAGAAACUUAGAGGAAACUUACCGCUGCCUCCUUCAUCAGAUAAGUUGUUGUAUUUCUCUUCGUGUUUGGUCACGUGUGGUGUUUCAGAUUAUAAUCCCUAAACACAGAGACUUGUGCAGCACAAACUAAACACACGACGUUACCUUUGACGCGUGUAAAUAAAUAUGUAACAGUCGGAAUGAACUUUUCUUUUUCUAACAUGGUCCAGGUGUAAGUGACUAGCGUCACCUGUCGCUAUGCAGACAGACGCAGAUACGCGUGUUGAUAAAUAAAUAAAUAAAUAAAUAAAAGUACCACACAGUUGUAUAGUAUGCAGCAUAAAUACUUGUUUCACUGUGUUUCACUGUGUUUCACCGUGUUUCUGAGUGACAUACCGCGGGCCGGACAGCGAUGCCCAAAGGCCCAGGGUAGGUGGAGCUCCAUGGUAGCUACUGCUAACGAUGGCUAACGGCGGUUAGCCUAAGAAACGAUUUAUCAACAGGAACGUGAUGAACUCAGGUGUCCUGCUCUCACGCUCCUGAACAUGGAGCAUGAAGUCCUCCCUGCAUCAGAGCUCUUCUAAUCGACUCCUCUGGUCUGAAUAUGACAGACUGUGGCGGCGUCUCUGCUCCUGGACGUGGACGUGAUCAGCGAGUGUUGGCAGGAAUCUACAAAUGAACCACAGGAGCAGCAGAAACAGCAGAAACAGCUUCACCUGCUGCUUCAGGCGGAGGCUCGGCCUCCAGGUGUAGGAGCAGAUGGGACACGAGUGCGCUUCAUCUGCUGUAAACACUUUAUCACAGCAGACGGAUUGCGAUGGUUCCUGCGGAGAACGCCAGCGUUGUCUCGGCUGCGGAUGGUUGUCUGGACUGCAGCUCGUCCUCGGACGUGGGCGUGACUAAGGUGGUGGUUCUUGGUUUGGUGCUGGUGGUGUUUGCCGUGUUCGGCGUCCUGGGAAACAUCCUGGUCAUCCUGUCCGUGCUGUUCCACCACCACUGGCGCUCAGUGACGCAUUACUUCAUCGCUAACCUGGCGGCGGCGGAUCUUCUGCUCAGCUCCGCCGUCCUGCCCUUCUCCGCCACGUCGGAGGCCGCGGGCAGGUGGGUGUUCGGCCGCACCUUCUGCAGCGUCUGGGCCGCACUGGACGUCCUCUGCUGCACCGCCUCCAUCCUCAGCCUGUGUGUGAUCUCUAUCGACCGCUACCUGGCCAUCAGCUACCCUCUGAGGUACCCGGCCAUGGCGACGGGGAGGCGUGGCCUGACGGCGGUGGCUGCACUCUGGUUACUGUCUGCAGCCAUUUCUGUUGGUCCUCUGUUCGGCUGGAGGGAACCAGAACCCGAGGACGAGACGGUGUGUCUGAUCACGGAGGAGCCGGGCUACGCCUUGUUCUCGGCGUUAGGGUCCUUCUACAUUCCUCUGGCCAUCAUCCUGGCCAUGUACUGCCGCGUGUACACGGUGGUGAAGAGGGAGACCAGCGCCAUCAGGAAGGGCAGCCAGGCGGACGGCGUGGAGACGGAGGGCGUGAUGCUGAGGAAACACCGAGGAAACGGCGGCGCUCAGAUGGGAAAACGGGACGAUGAAGAGACGAUGAAGAGGAGGAAGUGUUGCACUUUCUCUCCGCCCAAGUUUUUCAAGUUCACUCGAGAAGAGAAGGCGGCGAAGACUCUGGGCAUCGUCGUCGGCUGCUUCGUUCUGUGCUGGCUGCCGUUUUUCCUGGUUUUACCCAUCGGUUCCAUGUUCCCGUCCUGUAAACCGUCUGAAACCAUCUUUAAAAUCACCUUCUGGCUCGGCUACCUCAACAGCUGCAUUAACCCCAUCAUCUACCCGUGUUUCAGUCAGGAGUUUAAAAAAGCUUUUCUCAACGUGCUGCGUGUUCGCUGCCUGAGAACUGCCCAACCACCGGGUCACAGCGCCACCUACUGUCACAGCGCGGGUCCUGCGGGUCCUGCGUCCACCGUCGCUCCCUCUGACCAGAGCGACGACACGGGUCCUUCGUGCUGCUGCUGCUGCUGCAGCGGCGCGAUGUCAAACACGUCGCCACCUGCUGGUGGUUCAGAUCACAGUCAGAGUCUGCUGAAGGCCUGGUGUUUCUCUGCCAGUCAAACUCCACUUCCACAGAACUCGUCCACCACACAGACAAAGGUCCUGCAUCUGUCUCUUGGUCUUAACGGAGACUUUGUCUGAGAUGGUGUUCCACGU